CAGGAUGCCCCGUGGGUACCGCACGGCCCCCCUGGGCUCCCUGGAGGUGCCGGGGUGCCCCUACAGCGUUCGGGUGCUGCGGGUGGGCUACAACCGCCCCCAGCCCGACGGCUCCGUCCUGGCCGACGGCUCCGUCACCCUCGUCUCGGGGGGUCCCGUCACCGCCCUGGUGGACACGGGGGGUCCCUGGGACGCCCCCCUGCUCCCGGCCCUGCUGGGGGCCCACGGGGUGACCCCCCGGGACGUCACCCACCUGGUGGUCACCCACGGCCACUCGGACCACGCGGGCAACCUCAACCUCUUCCCGCGGGCCACGACGCUGGUGGGCUUCGACCUGAGCCGAGGGGAGGGGGUCUACCUGCCCCACGGGCUGGCCCAAGGGGUCCCGCUGCCCCUGGACCCCCCGUUCCUGGAGGUGCUGCCCACGCCGGGCCACGUGCGGGCCCACGUGAGCCUGGUGGCCCGGGGGACCAGCCUGGGCACGGUGGUGGUGGCCGGGGACCUGUUCGAGCGCGAGGGCGACGAGGGCGAGUGGGGGGCCCUGAGCGAGGACCCCCGGGAGCAGCGCAGGAGCCGGCGCAGGGUGGUGGCCGUGGCUGAUGUCAUCGUGCCGGGGCACGGGCCGCCCUUCAGGGUCUUCAGGGACCACCAGGAGGGGGACGAGGACGGGGACAGUGAAGGGGACGGUGAUGGUGAUGAUGAAGUGGUGGCUGGAGGCGGCACUGAGGGACGAGGGGACGAGGAAUGA